AUGAGGUGUCACUAUGAAGUUCUGGGGGUUAAACGCGAUGCUGGAGACGAUGAUUUGAAGAAAGCCUACAGAAAACUUGCUCUGAAGUGGCAUCCAGAUAAGAACUUGGACAGUUCCGAAGAAGCUGCCGAACAAUUCAAGCUGAUCCAGGCCGCCUAUGAUGUCCUGGGUGAUCCACAGGAGAGGGCCUGGUAUGACAAUCACAGAGAUGCCUUGCUCAAAGGCGGUAUCAGUGGAGAUUAUGAAGAUGACAGUAUUGACCUGCUCCAAUACUUCACUGUCACCUGUUACUCUGGCUAUGGGGACAAUGAGAAGGGUUUUUUCUCAGUUUACAAGCAUCUGUUUGAGCUCAUUGUGAAAGAGGAGAUGGAGCAUACCAAAGCGGACGAGGAAGAUGACGAUGAUUCAUUUCCUUCUUUCGGAGAUUCUCAGAGUGAUUAUGAUACGGUCGUGCACAUAUUUUACGCUCACUGGCAGAGUUUUUGCACUCGGAAAAACUUUGCCUGGAAGGAAGAGUACGACACGAGGCAGGCGUCCAAUCGCUGGGAGAAGCGAGCCAUGGAGAAGGAGAACAAGAAGACCAGAGAGAAGGCCAGGAAGGAGCGAAACGAGCUGGUGCGCCAACUAGUGGCCUUUGUGCGUAAGCGCGACCGGCGAGUGCAGGCCCACAGGAAGCUGGUGGAGGAGCAGAACGCUGAGAAGACCAAGAAGAUGGAGGAUCUGAGGCGGAAGCAGAAGCUGGACCAAGCCAAACUGGCAGCAGAGUACAAGGAGCAGAGCUGGGCGGCCAUGUCUGAACUGGAGAAGGAGCUGCAGCAGAUCGAGGCGGAGUACGGAGAGGAGUUCGGAGACGCGUCCGAGAGCGAGGACGACGAGGAUCUGGGCACGCAGGAGAGAGACGCCGUAGAGUUCGGUGCCGAUGAGCUCGACCUGGAUGACUUCGACCUGUACUGCCUGGCCUGCGAUAAAUCCUUCAAAUCUGACAAAGCAAAAAUGAACCAUGAGAAAUCCAAAAAGCACCGGGAGAUGGUGGCAUUGCUACGGGAGCAGUUGGAGGAAGACGAUGACUCAGUCCACGCGAAGCCGGACGAAGGACGGGAGGAGAAUGCUCAAGAGGAGGAAGAGGAGGACGAGGAGGAUGAAGAUAGACCCAAGCAAAAACUCUCCAAAAAGCAGAAGAGGAAAAAGAAAUUACAGAAAACAACCCAGAGUGCUCCAGAGAAUGAGGUCCAACCAGAGACGACGACAACCAUUAGCGAAGAACCGGAAAAUCCAGAAGAGAAUCGCACAGAACCAGAGAAGCCACAAGAGCCCGCUCCGUCUGAGGCCAAGAGUUCUGGAAAAUCUAAAGCCAAACGAGUUUCCAAAGACAAAUCGAAACCUUUGCCGUCACAAAACGGAGACGCCGCAGAGAGAGAGGUGAACCUUCGCUGUGACGCCUGUAGCGGUGAAUUUCCAACACGGAACAAGUUAUUUGACCACCUCAGAACCAGCGGCCACGCCACCGCACUCCCGCACUCCGCCGCUCACGGAUCCUCAGGCAAAAACAGGAAAGACAAAAGGAAAAACAGAUAA